UUAAGUUCUAGAAAUGAUAGUUACACAACAUUGUGAAUAUACUUAAUGCAACUGAAUUGCAUACUUUAAAAACGGUUAAAAUGGCAAUUUUUUUUUUUUGAGACAGAGUCUCACCCUGUCACUCAAGUUGGAGUGCAAUGGUGUGAUCUCGGCUCACUGCAACCUCCGCCUCCUGGGUUCACACGAUUCUCCUGCCUCAGCCUUCUGAGUAGCUGGGAUUACAGGCAUGCGCCACCACACCGGGCCAAUUUCUUGUAUUUUUAGUAGAGAUGGGGUUUCACCAUGUUGGCCAGCUUGAUCUCAAACUCUUGAUCUUGUUAUCUGUCUGCCUCGGCCUCUCAAAGUACUGGAAUUACAGGUGUGAGCCACCGUGUCCCACCUAAAAUGACAAUUUUUAUGUAUAUUUUGCCACAGUUAAAAAAUUGUUUAAAUUAAAAGAGAAGUUCUAGUGACUAUUUAAAACUUCAUCUUUUAGCCAUGUGAUUGGAAUUAAAUAUUGCUCAAUCAUUUUGUUGUUAUUCUUCUCUACUUCUCUUAUGGUCCAUAUUAGCAAAUUCUGUCCCUGCCUCUUCAAAACAUAAUAUGAAUCUGGCCACUUCUCUCUCCCUCUACCGUGACUAUAUAGUUUAAGUUCCCAUCGCUUCCCCUAGACUUAUGUAACUGCCCUCCAACGCCCAUAGUCUGUUCUUCCCUGUACACAACUCUCCCAUUACUCUUUCAUUUAUUUAACAAAUAUGAAGCAUCUGCUAUGAGGCAGGCACUGUUCUGGAAAUUCAACAGUGACAAAAAUUCAUGACCUCAUUGAGUUUACAUUUUAGUGAACUUAGAAUAUAAUGCAAAAGUCUUAAAUGGCCUACAAGCAGCAUGAUCUGGUCCCAGUCUUCUUUUUUUUUUUUUUAGACAGUGUCUCAGUCUGUCACCCAGGCUGGAUGGAAUGCAGUGUCGCAAUUACGGCUCAAGCAAUCCUCUCACCCUCAAGCUUUCCUCUCACCUCAGCCUCCUGAGUAGCUGGGACUAUAGGCACACAUCACCACACCCAGCUAAUUUUUGUAUUUUUUGUAAAGAUGAGGUUUUGCUAUGUUGCCUGGGCUGGUCUGGAACUCCUGGACCCCAGUAAUCCACUUGCUUCAGGCUCCCAAAGUGCCGAGAUUACCAGCAUGAGCCACCGCACCUGGCCCAGGCCACCUAUUUCAGCCUGUGGUUUUGUGGAAAGUGGUUAUCUAAACAAAAUUCGAAUGCUGUUAGAAAUAAAAUGUUGGUCAAGAAAUGCCGACACCUAUAUAAAAGAGUGCUUAUCUGGCCGGGCGCGGUGGCUCACGCCUGUAAUCCCAGCACUUUGGGAGGCCGAGGCAGGUGGAUCACGAGGUCAAGAGAUCGAGACCAUCCUGGUCAACGUGGUGAAACCCCGUCUCUUUUAAAAAUACAAAAAAUUAGCUGGGCAUGGUGGCGCGUGCCUGUAAUCCCAGCUACUCAGGAGGCUGAGGCAGGAGAAUUACCUGAAUCCAGGAGGCGGAGGUUGCAGUGAGCCGAGAUCGCACCGUUGCACUCCAGCCUGGGUAACAAGAGCGAAACUCCGUCUCAAAAAAAAAAAGAGUGCUUAUCAACACCUCUUCCCAGUGAGAAACAACCCAGGGUCUUAUUUGGUUACUGUAUUCAACUCUAAGACCAGGAUUUUUGGCUGAUGAUUUCUUUCUCAAAUUUGGAUAUGGUUCCUUGAGGCCUGGCAAGUAGAUGCUUAAUAUUUGUUAAACAAAUGAAAGAAAGAGUGAUGGGAGAGUUUUGCAUAGGGGAGUCAUGUGACCUGCGGUACAGGGAAGAAUAGACUGUAGGGCAGAGCUUAGCGUGGAGUAGGGAAGUUAGAGGGCACUUAUGUAAGUCUAAGGGGAAAUGGUGGGAACUUAACUGUGUGAUCAUGGUAGAGGGAGAGAGAAAUGGCCAGAUUUGCUUAUGUUGGCUAAAACUUAAACUAUCUUAGCCAAUAUAUCUAAAAAAAAACAAUGGCGAGGAACAGAGUAGUUACAAUGAAAACUCUAAUUCUGGAAAGAGGAGAAUGAAUGAAAAACAGCACAGUUAUCAUUGAUCUGUAGCAUAAAUUACGUCCUGCUAGGCGGGAAUAUGGAAGACUCCCUUCCUGGCAGUAGAAUGAGUUCCUUGGCUGGGUAACUAGGAAAAGCGAGGCUUGCUCUCUGUGGGGAUCUUUUUUAUGGUCCAGCAUGGCUCUUGCUUCUUCCUGCUAGAUGAUCUUACUUGUCUCUUAUUCUCCACGGCUAUGCCAGAGAUAGGCACGCGGAAAUGCCCUUUCUGGGCAUACCCUGUUCAACUUUAGCUGUGGUACGAAUUGGAAACCUAGAAAGUACAGUAGAUUGCAGGGCCUGGGGUUUCUUUGGUAAUACAUUCCCAUAAAAGCUCAGUCGCUUUUGGUCUGAGUUGUCACACCCAAAAAAAUGUUUUACUAGAUAAAAUAUUUAAACCCGAGAAUUUCAAACUCUUAGGAAUCAUCCUCAGUGCUGUGCCAUCCUAUAAACUUGUUUAAUUGCUCUUGUCCUAAGUAGCUCGAAAUCCAUAAGAGCAGAUGUACACCCAUAAUCUGAGCUAUGCCCUCUUUCCUGGAAAAAUGCUUACCUGGAAGUGCAUGACAGAAGCCUCUAGUCUUACUUCUUGCUGAAUCUUUUGCCUCCUUGCCUCUGCAUUGUUUAGUGUGGUGCUUAUUAUUAUUAUUAUUAUAUUUUGAGAUGGAGUCUUGCUGUGUUGGUCAGGCUGGAGUGCAGUGGAACAAUCUUGGCUCACUGCAGCCUCUGCCGCCUGAGUUCAGGCAAUUCUCCUGCCUCAGAGUAGCUGGGACUACAGGGCUUUGUAUUUGUUACUAGAGACGGGGUUUCACCAUGUAGGUCAUGCUGAUCUUGAACUCCUAACUUCAAGUGAUCCACCCACCUCGGCCUCUCGAAGGGCUGGGAUUACAGGUGUGGGCCACUGUGCCCAGCCAGUUUGGUGCUUUUUCUACCCUAUAAGGCUCUAAACUAUGGUAUUUUAUAUUGCAGGCUAUGGGCAGAAAGAACUUCUCUUAGCAAAGCGAUAUAUUAUUCUCUCUAGGCUUUUAGGUGGAACACUUUCAGAUUAAGUUACUUUCUUAUAUUCUUACUGAAGCUUACAGAAGGAGCCAACAUGCUGAAUUUCUCCUCUAAUUUCUUCUUUUUCUUUUCUUUUCUUUUUUCUUUUUUUCUUUUUUUUUUUUUUUUGAGACAGUGCCUCACUCUGUUGCCCAGGCUUGAGUGCAGUGGCACAACAAUCAUGACUCACUGCAGCCUCGACCUCCUGCACUCAGGUGAUCCUCCCAUCUCAGCCUCCCAAGUAGCUGGGACUACAGGCGUGUGUCACCACACCCAGUUUGUAUUUUGUAGAGAAGGGUUUUGCCAUGUUGCUCAGGCUGGUCUCUAAAUCCUAGCCUUGAGCGAUUUGCCUGUCUCUGUCUCCCAAACUGCUGGGACUACAGGAGAGAGCCACUGUGCCUGGCACUAUCAUUUCUUGUCAUACCACACUCCAGAGGGCCUGUGGUCUUACCCCAAAACAAUAGGCAACAGAUGUUUCAUGAAUUCAUAAUUUCCUGUUUGGACUAGAGUCCUCAUUGCCCUACGCCCACACCCUCUAUUCAGCUGAUUCCACGUUCUAGUCUGUAACUUGUACCAAAUUCUGAGUCAGUCAGAAUUGGCUACGCUUCUUUGCAACAAAGAAUCCCGUGAUAUAGGUCUUGCAGGCUGUGAUUGUUUCACUUGCUCAUUCUCCAACCAGACAUUGUAGCCAGAGGGAUACAAGGUUUUGACAGGCUGGCCUUGGGACCUAUGCCCACUCUUGAAGUUAGGGGUAAGGUUGGUUCUAUCUUAAGCCCAGGAGUGUCAGGGGGAGGUGGGUUUCCCCAUUUUAAAGUCAGGGUGCUGUUACCACAGAAGGAGGAAUGGAAACUAGGUGAAAAAAAAGAGUAUACUUCCAGCACCCUUUAGCUUAGCUAUUCUCAACUUUCCCUUAUUACUAUAGAGAAGACAGAUGUUGUUCGCAUUUUUGACACAUUUCCAUGGACAUGCUCACAAAGGAAUAUCAGUUAUUGGUAGCUGCCUGUAACUCUCUCCUUCUCUCUCCCAGAAAGCAUGUUGGAAUGCAUAUAUAUCAACAUAAUAUUAUUACAGGGAUAAUCUGCUGAAUCGGCCCUCAUUGUUAAACGUCACUUUCAAAUGUUGGUCCUUUUUUUUUUUUUGAGACGGAGUUUCGCUCUUGUUACCCAGGCUGGAGUGCAAUGGUGCAAUCUCGGCUCACCGCAACCUCCGCCUCCUGGAUUCAAGCAAUUCUCCUGCCUCAGCCUCCAGAGUAGCUGGGACUUUACCACCAUGCGCAGCUAAUUUUUGUAUUUUUAGUAGAGACGGGGUUUUACCUUGUUGACCAGGGUGGUCUUGAUCUCUUGACCUCGUGAUCCACCCGCCUCGGCCUCCCAAAGUGAUGGGAUUAUAGGCGUGAGCCACCGCGCCCGGCCUGUUGGUACUUUUUUAUUAGUCACAAAUUUAUUGUGACUUACCUUGUAAUUAAUUAUAACACAUCAAAUGUGUCACACUCAUUGCUAUUCAUUUGUCAGGGGAGGGGUCUUAUCAUUGGCUUCUAGAGUGCUCCCUAAUUAUGUCUUAUUUUGUUCUCUUGGAAAAUUAAGCUCCUUCUUUGAGCACACAUUGCCAGGUGACAGAGAGUACCUAUAGGAUAAUGGAGAUAUCUACUGGGAUCAAGUAAUGUACCAAGCAGAUAAGCUACACAGAAAAUCAGCAAUAAUAUAUAUUUUCAAUUCAGAACAUUCUUAUUUUCCCUAAUGACUCAAUAAUUUUGUUUUUUUCUUCAGAAACAGUUAUUGCAUAAUAUUAACCUGAAAUUAAUUAAGGGGGAAACUCAACAUCAUGGCAAAAUUAUCUUUUCUAGUCCCAUAUUCCCCUAUAGUCCAUUAAAGGUAUUCCUCACCUCACCUUUGUGCAUUUCUUGGACAGUGGGGUCAGUAAGAAGUGAGCUAUUUUAUUAUGAAAAUAAUGUCUGUUAUUAAAUUCCUAGCAGAGACUAAAACUAGCAUUGGUGUCAUCCUAAAAUUCAAAAUCUUUUUCUUUAAGACUAAAUAAGGGCUGGGCAUGGUAGUUCAUGCCUGUAAUCCCAGCACUUUGGGAGGCUGAGACAGGCAGAUCACGAACUCUCACCUGAGGUCAAGAGUUCGCGGCCAGCCUGGCCAACAUGGCCAAACCCCGCCUCUACUAAAAAAAAAAAAAAAAAUACAAAAAUUAGCCAGGCAUGAUGGCAUGCCUGUAAUCCCAGCUACUCAGGAGGCUGAGGCAGGAGAAUUUCUUGAAGGUGGAGGCAGAGGUUGCAGUUUGCCAAGAUUGAACCACUGCACUCCAGCCUGCGUGACAGAGCAAGACUCUGUCACAGAAAAAAAAAAAAAGAAACUUGAUUUUCAGGGAUCAUGAAGCUAAGAGAUGGUGACUUUAAAAGCUGGAGAAGGCACAACCAUAACAAGUAGGGACAAAGCUUCCUUAUUUUGCUUUAAUUUCUCCUUUUUCAGGUUAUUCAGGAGAUGUUUCUUUAUUUGUGAUGAAAGGGGAGUCAGCAUCCCUGGUAAGACUUAGCGUUAUGCAGCAGUCUGAAUAACAGUUGUGCAAAACACUUGCCUUGUUUUCUGUCUUUAAUUACUACUUAAUUAAAUUCGCAACCGCAAGUAUGCCCAUUUCAGGGCAAUUUACUGUAGAAAAAUUAAAUGUAUAGCUUUGGAAUGUCACAGGAUGAUGUUUAAGUUUAUAAAAUGCCUUAAGUGAUACAAGGAUAGAUUAUCUAAUGAGGUGUUCCCCUAAUGUAUUCAAAUACUGCGUUUACAGACUUUUACCUACCAGAAGGAGAUUCAAAGAGAAACCUAAGGCUAAAAGCCUCAGAAGCCACUACCAAAUCAUGAUGAAUCAGAAAUGAAGCCAAACCAUGUAGAAUAUUAUAAUUAGGAAAAUGUUUGUUGAUUAUCUAAAUAUGUGUUAAGCCACAGAAAGACAAAUGUUUGUUGAUUAUCUAAAUAUGUGUUAAGCCACAGAACAAGACAAAGAUGAGUAAGAUAAGAUCUUGUGUCUUCAAGUUAGCUAGUGAGAUAAAAGUAUCUUAUGUGCUACAAAUAGAGAAUCAGAAUUUCGUGGUACAAUUUGUGUCAUGAAAGUGUAGCUGGAGAGAAGAGGAGUAGGGUAGUCAGCAAAGGCUCUGCGAGGAGCCUCAGCCUCCCAAGUAGUUGGGACUACAGAUGAUGCACUAAUUUUUUGUCUUUUUAGUAGAGAUGGGGUUUCACCAUGUUGGCCACACUGGUCUCAAACUCCUGACCUCAAGUGAUCCACCAGCCUUGGCCUCCCAAAGUGUUGGGGUUAUAGGCAUGAGCCAUUGCACUCAGCCAAAAAUCUUUUUCAAAUGGCAAACAGAUUUUUAAAAAUCUGAAUAAAAUGGGCUGGGUGCAGUGGCUUAUUCCUGUAAUCCCAGCACUUUGAGGGGGCCAAGGUGAGCAGACUGGCUGAGAUCAGGAGUUCCACACCAGCCUAGGCAACACAGUGAAACCCUAUCUCUACUAAAAUACAAAAAAUUAGCUGGGCAUGAUGACGAGUGCCUGUAGUUCCAGCUACUCGGGAGGCUGAGGCAGGAGAAUUGCUUGAACCCCGGAGGCGGAGGUUGCAGUGAGCCCAGAUCACGCCACUGCACUCCAGACUGGGCAACACAGUGAAACUCCCUCUCUUAAAAAAAAAAAAAUUAAAAUGCUCAGGAAAGGGGUCUAGAGCAUGGAGAAAGAGCCUUGGAAGGCAGAGGUGCAGGGUUUCAUGCAGCAGGCAACAGAAAACAUUUAGAAAAUGGUGUGGUAAAAAUGUGUUUUAGGAGCACAGUUUGGUUGUGAUGUGCAGGAUGAGAUUGCAUAACAGACUGGAUUGAAGGUGCCGAAAUCAUUUAAUUCAUCAGUAAAUAUUUGUUGAGUGCCUGCUGUAUCAUCACAUCAUACACUGUGGAGGACAGGAAGAAGAGUAAGAGCUACAGGGGCCCCGUGCUUUAUGAGCUAACAGGUAGAAUACAAAUAAUUAUCAUAUUAGCCAGAAAAUUAAGAGGAUGGUUUUUCUGCUCUCAGUCUAUGUGUCUGCCACAAGAGAGCCUCAAAGCCUCAAAGCUUGGUAGAAGCUCAAAAGGUGACAUCAAGUUGGGCGAUAAAGAAAGACUUUUUUUUUUUAUUUGAGAUGGAGUUUCGCUCUUGUCAACCAGGCUGGAGUGCAGUGGCACAAUCUUGGCUCAGUGCAACCUCCACCUCCCAGGUUCAAGCACUUCUCCCACCUCAGCCUCCUGAGUUGGUGGGACUACAGGCAUGUGCCACCACACCUGCCUAAUUUUUUAUUUUUAGUAGAGACAGGGUUUCACCAUUUUAGUCAGGCUAGUCUUGAACUUCUGACCUCAGGUGAUCCACCCACCUCAGCUUCCUAAAGUGCUGGGAUUACAGGCAUGAGCCACCGCACCCGGCCAAGAAAAGCUUUUUGUAAGAGCUAUUCUCAGAAAUGGACCAUGAAGGAGGAGCAGAAUUUUAAGAGGCAGAAAUGAGAAAAGGAAAUUCUAGAAAGAUGGAGGCUGGCUGGGUGCAGUGACUCAUGCCUGUAAUCCCAGUACUUUGAGAGGCUGAGGCGGGUGAAUUACCUGAGUCCAGGAGUUCAAGACCAGCCUGGCUAACAUGGCAAAACCCCGUCUCUACUAAAAAUACAAAAAUCAGCUGGGCAUGGUGGUGGGCGACUGUAAUCCCACCUACUUGGGAGGCUGAGGCAGGAGAAGCACUUGAACCCGGGAAGCAGAGAUCACUGUGAGCCGAGAUCACGUCAGUGCACUCCAGCCUGGGAGGCAAGAGCGGAAACUCCAUCUUAACAAAAAAAGAGGGAGGCAACACAAUGCUUUUGGGAAGGUUUUGCUUUAAAAACUAGGUGGGUUCACUUGUAAGUCAUUGGACAGUGCUGUCCUCUUGAACAAGUUAGCCUUUCAGAACUUUAGUUUCUCCUUUGUAUAAUGAGGAUAAUAAUAUCUACCUCAUAGAGCUGUGAAGAUUAAAUAAUAAUGCACGAAAAGUCUAGCAUACUCAUUGGCAUAUAAUUGGCAUCCAACUAAGUUAGCUCAGACUAUUAUGAUCAUUACAAGAGUCAAGAGUGGAGGGUGACAAGCACAGAUGAUCUGGGACUAUGCAGGGAACUAGCUGCUUGGAGUGUAAGGUUCUUGUAUGAGGAUACCAAAGAUGAAACUAAAGAAAGGGUGAUGCUUUUCUUUGUAUAGCGUCUGAAAUACUGGGCUAAGGACUUUGGUUCAAAUCAGUAGGCAAUAUGGAAUUACUGAAGAGUCUUGAGACAGGAAAUAUUUUUGUUCAUUUUUUUUUUUUUAGAAGGAAGGUCUUACUCUGUCACCCAGACUGGAACGCAGUGGCGCAGACACCACUUACUGCAGCCUCAACCUGCUGGGCUCAAGGGAUCCUCCUGCCUCAGCUUCUCAAGUAACUGGGACUACAGGGGUGCACUACUGUGUCUGGCUUUUAAUUUUUGUAGAGACAGGGUCUCACUGUGUGGCCCAGGCUGGUCUUGAGAACUCCUGGCUUCAAGGGAUCCUUCCUCCUUGAUCUCCCAAAGUGCUGGAUUACAGGGUCUCAUUCUGUCACCCAGGCUGGAGUGCAGUAACAUGAUCAUGACUAACUGCAGCCUUGACUUCCUGGGCUCAAGCAAUCCUCCUACCUCAGUCUCCCAAGUAGCUGGGACCACAGGCGCAUGCCACCACACCCAGUCAAUUGAACUGAAAUCUCCUUGCCUGUGAAAUCUUAGAAGAGAGCCCACCAAGUUAAGGAUCCUUACCAUACCAUGGGAGCACCUGUCAGUUCUAUCACAAUGAAACAGCUGGUUUGUGUGCUCUUCGUGUGCUCCUCUGCAGUGGCGCAAUUGCUUAAAGAUCCCACCCUGGAUCACCACUGGAAUCUCUGGAAGAAAACCUAUGGCAAACAAUAUAAAGAAAAGAAUGAAGAAGCAGUACGACGUCUCAUCUGGGAAAAGAAUCUAAAGUUUGUGAUGCUUCACAACCUGGAGCAUUCAAUGGGAAUGCACUCAUAUGAUCUGGGCAUGAACCACCUGGGAGACAUGACCAGUGAAGAAGUGAUGUCUUUGAUGAGUUCCCUGAGAGUUCCCAGCCAGUGGCAGAGAAAUAUCACGUAUAAGUCAAACCCUAAUCAGAUGUUGCCUGAUUCUGUGGACUGGAGAGAAAAGGGGUGUGUUACCGAAGUGAAAUAUCAAGGUUCUUGUGGUGCCUGCUGGGCUUUCAGUGCUGUGGGGGCCCUGGAAGCACAGCUGAAACUGAAAACAGGAAAGCUGGUGUCUCUCAGUGCCCAGAACCUGGUGGACUGCUCUGAAAAGUAUGGAAACAAAGGCUGCAAUGGUGGCUUCAUGACAGAGGCUUUCCAGUACAUCAUUGAUAACAAAGGCAUCGACUCAGAAGCUUCCUAUCCCUACAAAGCCAUGGAUCAGAAAUGUCAAUAUGACUCAAAGUAUCGUGCUGCCACGUGUUCAAAGUACACAGAACUUCCUUAUGGCAGAGAAGAUGUCCUGAAAGAAGCUGUGGCCAACAAGGGCCCAGUGUGUGUUGGUGUAGACGCAAGUCAUUCUUCUUUCUUCCUCUACAGAAGUGGUGUGUACUAUGACCCAGCCUGCACUCAGAAUGUGAAUCACGGUGUACUUGUGAUUGGCUAUGGUGACCUUAAUGGGGAAGAAUACUGGCUUGUGAAAAACAGAAUCUCGCUCGGUCGCCCAGGCUGGAGUGCAAUGGUGCCAUCUCAACUCCCUGCAACCUCUGCCUACCCAGUUCAAGAGAUUCUCUUGCCUCAGCCACCCAAGCAGCUGGGAUUUACAGGUACACACCACCACGCCCAGCUAAUUUUUAUAUUUUCAGUAGAGACAGGGUUUUGCCACAUUGGCCAGGCUGGUCUCGAACUCCUGACCUCAGGUGAUCCACCCACCUCGGCCUCCCAAAGUGCUAGGCAUGAGCCACUUCACCUAGCCUACUUUUCAGUUUUUAACAUAAUUUUUGUUUUUAUCCACAAGUAUUUGAAAGUAGAACAAAAACAUGGGUUUUUAGUCUUUAGCAAUCUGAUAAAGCCUAUGAAUGCCUUCUCAGAAUCAUGUUUUUAAAUGCAUAAAACAUAUAGGAUUACAAAGGAAGCCAAUUCUAUUGAAAUACAGUUAUUAAAAUGUUAAAUAUAAGUUUGUUAUAUACUAAUAUACAUGCUUCUUUAUAAAUGCAUUCAGUAAGAGUUAAUAGCUAUCCUAAAUUUGAAGUAGUGAUGAACAUAACGAAAUAGAUGCAAAAAAGUCAUGUGAUAUGAAAGUAUCUGGGUUUUCUUUUGAUGAUAAGGUAUUGCUAAUAUUACUGUGGUUUAUGAACUAUGUUCAGAAUUGAAGAAAAUCCUAACUUUCAGUUAGAGGUUAGUGACAAGGUUCAGGAUGCCCUACACAAAAUAUAGCACCUUGACAUAUUGAAUAUUUUAAGCUGAAGGCAUUUGAGAAAACUGCAGAAGCAGGAAAGUGACUCUGACCUUCCGCCUGCCCUUCUCCCCAGAAGCAGCCACAAAACCUAGGAAGGAUUUUCUGGACUUCCCCUGAAGUAAAUCAUAAGAUCCUCAUGUAAGAGGUGCUCUCCCCGCACCCAAAGAAAAGGAGCAUCCUUACCUCCAAAAGCACAAGGACACAAAGAGGAAUCUAAACAAAGGCCUGCUAAGUUUCCCCCAGUGGAUUACAUUUAGCUUGUCCACACUUUGCCCUAUCACAUUUCUCUAUCACUGGCUGCUUUUCAUCAAAUCUGCUAUUAAAAAAAUUCAAGUUUAACUGUUUCUUUGGGACUUUAUUUCCUUAUGGAGGCUCUUGUGUCAUGUAAAAGUUAUAUUAAAUAAAUGUGUAUGCUUUUCUCUU